AUGGGCGAUAAUUUUGAUGUCAGUAAAUUUCUUGAAGCCUGGGUGUCUGUCCCAGUUGACGAGUGGAGCGCUAAGGUGGACGAAUGGGCACAUCAAUUUAGCGAAGCGAAACCCCGCGGAAGAUCAAAUCAAGUUUGGCGAAGUGGAGCGCGAUCGUCACAAGCUCGGUUGGAAACUUCAGACAAGAUUGAAGCUCAGUUCUGCGCUGUCAAACCCACUGAUGACGGCAGCGUCGUAGAGAUAAUCUCAGACAACUGGGUGAGGUUCGGACUGCUCAUGACUCAUGGAAUAAUUAUCCAGCGUGGAUUGACAGCCAGAAUUGUACUGCAUUUGGAUGAGAAAGUGUCAAUCCGACCCAAACAGCGUUUCGCAAUUCGUCAGGGAACUACGAUCAUCGGAAGAGGUGUUUUUACUCAUUUACUUCCACCGCAGACGGAGGAGGAAAAGAAGAAGGUGAUGGAGACAAAGACGCAAAAACUUGAAAAUAACCCCUGCAAAAAUGCAGCCGAAAAGCAAGGAGAACCUGGCUGCUCUCACUCUGACAAUGAUAAGGACCACACAUCUGCGAAAGCAUCCAAGGAGCUCGAAAAUAAGUGAACCUAUCGUUUAAGUCAUGGCAUGUUAGUUACGCAUUUGCGAUAAUCUAAUUGCACUUAUUUGUCUUCGUAUUCUCUAUGCUGUGUAUUUGGUAUAAGUG